AUGCUGAGUGCCUCGUCCUCCAACAACCACUCAUUGUUUUCCUUUGGUCGGGAUGGCUCUGCGAGAGACGUAGGGGACACUACGACGGGCUCUUUCGACUUCCUACCCUCGGUCAGCUUCGAUGAUUUGCAGAGCAGUAUAGAAUCUGCUUCUACCGAGUUCAAGUUGACGCAGUUUCCGUCGCCAACGGGCCAAGAGAGCAUCCUCGACAAUAGGCCGCUCGUGGAUAAGAUGGCGGGUCAACAUCCAAAUGUCACGCAGAAUGGCGGCACAAUACGCGUGGCCAUCCAGCCCAACCCGGCACCGAAUGCCCCCGCCACGGUGCGGACUACGAGGUCUGGCUCCAUACUUAGGAGGCCGAGCGUCUCUAGCAGGCAGCCUAGCAUCGGAUCGCUGGCAUCGGCUGCCUCUGUGUUUGACGCGUCUACUGCUCCUGCCGCCACGAGAACUCGUCGUCAGAGCAAUUAUCCUCCAGUGUCUAACAGCAAUAACACUGGUGGGCGGCCGCCCAGAAAGUCGACCGGGUCAGGCAUUUCCGACUCGGAUUAUGGAACCCGAAUGUCGCAGAAGCGACGUCCUAGUCUGAUAUCGAACGCUUCAGAUAGGGAUUUGAGACGCACAUCGACGGACACUUUCGGGAACAGUGAUCAGUCGGAGGAUACAGCGAGAAAUCUCACAACGCCCCGGGCGACGAAGACCAAGUCCAUACAGCCGGCCCCGAGGAUAUCGGCCAACUUCUCGACCAGCACCAGCAGCACGGCUACGCUCACCCCAGAUGGAAACAGAAAGUCGAUUCUCUUUCCCAAGUCUCCAAAGGCCGGCGUCGUGGCUUCCACCCCAGGGUCUGCAAAACGAGCAUCGGUCAUGCCCGUGCACAAUACUCCCCAUGCCACUGGAUUAGGUGCUAGAACCAUCUCUCCCACGGACGCUCAACGAAUGAAGCGAAUGUCCAUGCAUCAAUCAUCACAGAAUCUCAGCCAAGUAAUCAACGCACCCCCGCCCGCCAUCGAAACCCGGCCUCAUUCUCGCUCACCGUCCAUGAUCCCUCGAAAGACGUCCACACCAUCGUCCUCGCGAACGACGCCUGAUAUCAACAGAAAGUCUUACAGCUCGGGGCUCUCCGUCAACUCAACGGCGAGCUUUAACACCCACAGGACGUCAACAGGAUCCAUUCAACGCGCAAUCGGCCAAAGUGCAUCGAGCUCGAGGCUUCCCGCUCCAAAGGCCCUGCAUAUCAAUAAUAACAACAACCCCCCUCCAGCCGAGGAAGAAGAAGAUGUGCCACCCGUGCCCGCUAUUCCUAAGGCCUAUGAGUCGCCACAGGACGCAUCCGCUGAGACCAACUCCGUUGACCAGAGAAAACCCAACCAAGCGUUUGACGCGAGUAGCAUCAAUAGCAGCUCAACUGGGAGGGUGUCAAACACACCUUCUUUGGAGCCUUCUGUAUUUGUGCGCAAAACCAGCCUCCGCAAACAAACACCGAGAAAACCAUUCGGGGGAAAUUCUUCAGACAUUGAGAAGCAGGCCAACGCCGCCAAUCAAUCCAAAAAGAAUUUAGCACCUCUAAGGCUUCCGCCCCUCAACUUGGGCCCGCUCAGCACACCAACGACGGCGAAAAUAGCGGCCCUGAAAGACCAAGGAAACGAUCAGGGCCAUAUGAGCCCGCCGCCGAGCCGGGUCCUACCCAAAACCCCAACAACACCUUUGACCGCCUCGAAAAGCGGGUUCUUCUCUAGGGGCAGGGCAGACAGAGAUCCGGAGAAAUCGACUUUGCGGAGUAACACGUCGGUCAAUCACAGCCGGGUGAAUAGUCCCGACCGGAUAGAUGUAACCAGUUCCUCUGAAUCGCUGAUGGGUGGCUCGAGCAAUAAACAAGCGCGGAAACCCAACGUUUCACCAUUCUUGUCAUCAUCGGCUCCCAAGAAUGAAAGCGAGUUUGGAAGCACCAUCGCCAAGGCCAAAACCGGUGGGGGCCUGAACAAAAUGACAUCCCUCGAUGUUGGUCUUUCUGAGUCCAGACCACAGCAGAAGCCUACAGGUCCCCGUGCCCAGAAGCAGUCGAAGCCAGUCGAGAAGCUACCCCCGCCUGAAUCCAGCCCCGAACAACACGAGCCCCCAACGCCUUCUUCUAUGAGCUCUUUGAGACGUAAACUGAGUCUUUCUUUAAAGCGAAGCAAGUCCAAGAGCAGCAACCAUAUUUCCCACGGUGCCUCUGAGCAAUCUUCGGGCCAUGCGCGCCAGGAAAGUAUGCCACCGCCCAGAUUACCUCUCUCCUCUACAGUAGGCUCGAUGAAGGCUUCUAGCCCGAGCCACACUUCGAAGCCAUCGAGUUCAUACCUCGAAUCAAGGAGGAGGAAGAGUUCUGCAUCAAGUCUCAACGCAGUGAUGGCACAGGAAAAGAGUCGGAACGACGUCUGGGCCAGUCCAAAGAAACCGACGGAUCUCGGGAACAGCAGUUCAACGGUUGAAGCAUUGGCAUCAUCUCGGGCAGCUUCUUCCGUGCAAAGAAUUCUGCAGCCUCGGACUUCAGUCAGCUCUAUCAAACAGGUUGAAGGUCCGUACACUGCCGACUUGGACAAGGACGACAUGGUGGCCGAGGAGGAAAUGAAGAAAAUGGCUUCAAGAAGAAGAGAAACGGAGUUGGCAGCAAAGACCCUUGAUGCUCUUCGGAAGAGGGCCAGUCCUAAGGAGCGUGUCGGGCCCCAGGAGGCCAUCCGGAUUGCCAUACUAAACAUCUAUGAAAGAGGGGAAAUCGUCGACUACAGCGAUGUUUACUUUUGCGGGACCCAGAAUGCUGCCAAGGUUCAAGGUGAUCUGCAUUCGAGCACGCCAAACUUUGGUUACGACGACGAGCGCGGAGACUACACCAUAAUUGUCGGCGACCACCUUUCUUACCGCUAUGAGAUUGUGGACAUAUUAGGCAAGGGAAGUUUCGGUCAAGUGGUGAGAUGCAUUGACCAUAAGACGGGUGCUCUUGUUGCGGUGAAAAUCAUUCGCAACAAGAAGAGGUUCCACCAGCAAGCUCUUGUCGAAGUGAACAUUCUCCAAAAACUUCGCGAAUGGGAUCCUAAGAAUAAGCACAGCAUGGUCAACUUCACCCACAGCUUCUACUUCCGAGGACAUCUAUGCAUCUCUACCGAAUUGCUCGACAUGAAUCUCUACGAAUUCAUUAAGUCCAACUCCUUCCGGGGCUUCUCGCUCAAACUGAUCAGAAGAUUCACCAAACAAAUGCUCAGCUCUCUCAAUUUGCUCAAACAGCACAAAGUGAUCCACUGCGAUCUCAAGCCAGAGAACAUCUUGCUGCGUCACCCAAUGCAUUCCGAAAUCAAGGUCAUUGACUUCGGCUCCAGCUGCUUCGAGAACGAAAAGGUGUACACGUACAUCCAGUCGCGUUUCUACCGUUCGCCUGAAGUCAUCCUGGGAAUGACUUACGGCCUGCCGAUCGACAUGUGGAGUUUGGGUUGCAUAUUGGCAGAACUGUACACCGGGGUACCUAUUUUCCCGGGGGAGAACGAACAGGAGCAACUCGCGUGUAUUAUGGAGGUGUUUGGACCGCCGGAAAAACACCUGAUCGAGAAAAGUACGAGGAAGAAGCUGUUCUUUGACUCGAUGGGCAAGCCCCGCUUGACAGUAUCAUCCAAGGGUCGGAGAAGACGACCUUCGUCGAAGACUCUCCAGCAAGUGCUCAAGUGUGAAGAUGAACCAUUCCUCGAUUUCCUCAGCCGGUGCUUGAAAUGGGAUCCAGACCGUCGAAUCAAGCCCGAAGAGGCUAUCCGUCAUCAAUUCAUCACCGGCCAGAAGACUGCUGUACCGACUGUAAGAGCAGUCGCGCGAGACGCCUCCCCGGUCAAACGUUCCAACACCAUCGCGACACCCCGGCCGCUACCUGAUCCACCUGCAGCUAUCAAAGCUGGACCGUCUCUUCGGGCUCGUGAAGCAACCGGUGUCAGUCCGCAUAAGCCUGCCCCUGUAUCUGUAUCAAGACGAACAUCGGCGAUUAAUGGCCCCUUCACGGCAGCUGGAACAAAGAGAACCAGUAUGGGUCAAAGCGGUGGUUCGAAUGGUGCUGCAGUGGGAGGCAGCAACCUGCCCCGUGUUGCCGGUCGCAGCGUUAGUGGCAAACAGGACCUCGCAUCCGCGGGUGCAAAUGUUGCUAUGAGUCGACGAGCUUAG